UACGAAAGGGGUGCCUAUAUUUCACCGAUGACGCGAGGGAAAAUCAGAAGAACGUGAUGGCCAAUGAGGCCGCGACCACCAUAAGCAGCGUGACCGGAUUCGACACCGCGCUUAUCGCCCCGUUCGUAAUCACAGGGACUUCUUCGUUAUUGGCGCCGAGGGAGCACGCCCAGUUGAUAGCUGCAGAAAUUGUAGUGGUUGCAUUGGAGGUAUCCCGACUGAGAACAACCACUGUUCCCAAGCGCUACCAAAAACAUCAGUACCCCUUGAUAGUGAUUCAUGUAGCCUCGGGACUCACUGCAGCACGUCUCUCCGCACGACUGUCGUUUAUCCAGCGCCGCCGCGGCGCUACCUACUUGGAGGAGCGUGCGGGAGUGCACGAGGAGGGGUUGGAGAAGGAGGAGGUGCACGAGGCUGAACAAGUGAUCAAGAUCACUAGAAGAGGUCGAGAGACGAAUGAGAAGAAGAUGGGGAUGGGGACGAGCAGACCCCUGACGCAAAACACACCCAAUCAGCCCAUUUUAUUCCUCCAUUAG